GCCAACUUCCGGUUGGACUUGCUAGGAGGUGAAGAGAGGUUAAGAAAUCUUUUAUCGCACGGAAGAAUGGCUGACGCGAAGAAAGAAACUGCGGCUCCGCCUAACAAGCUGCCGGCAGUGCCAGAGUCGGUACUGAAGAAAAGAAAACGCCGUGAGGCAGUUAAAACUGCACGUUUACAGGUCUCACUCAAGCAACGUGCAGAUCGUUAUAAGAAGAGGAAACAGAUUUUUAAACGAGCAGAACAAUAUGUGAAAGAAUAUAGAAGGAAGGAAAGGGAUGAAAUCCGGUUAAUGAGACAAGCUAAAAAUCGAGGAAAUUAUUAUAUUCCUGGAGAAGCGCGUCUUGCGUUUGUUAUUCGUAUUCGCGGUAUAAAUCAAGUUGCACCGAAAGUACGGAAGAUACUGCAAUUGUUCCGUCUAAAACAGAUCAACAAUGGUGUUUUCGUUAAAUUGAACAAAGCAACAAUUAAUAUGCUACGUAUUGUUGAACCUUAUAUUACAUGGGGAUAUCCUAAUUUGAAAUCAGUUCGUGAGUUGAUUUAUAAACGUGGAUUUGCCAAGAUAAACAGACAGCGCGUACCCAUAACCAGCAACUCCAUCAUUGAGAAAAAGCUUGGUCGAUCCAAUAUCAUUUGUACUGAAGAUUUAAUCCAUGAAAUAUUCACUGUUGGCCCAAAGUUUAAAUAUGCCAGCAAUUUCUUAUGGCCCUUCAAGCUGAAUACACCAAAUGGUGGCUGGCGUAAGAAGACUAACCAUUAUGUAGAAGGUGGUGACUUUGGAAACCGAGAGGAUAAAAUUAAUGAACUUCUGAGAAGAAUGGUUUAAUUUAUAAAUCUCUUCAUAAAUAAAGUCUUCUACCCACAAAAUCA